CCUCCAGUAUCCCGGCUCCCUCUCCUCUCCUCUGCACCUGCUCCUCCCCUCCUGCCUCGCUUAUUAUCCUCUGACUCGGAUCUGCGCUCCAUCCUCGCCAAGUGAUGCUCCUCGGUGGCGCUUCAUCGAUGCACGGAGCUCCGCCGCGGUCUGGUUUCUUCCGCGGGGAAACGCUCACUGAGCGGCGGCCGAACAUGGGAAUUUGAUGGGGGGUUUUCUGAGGGAGUGAGCCGGAGGAGGGAAGGACGACGAGGAGGCGCAGAGGUCCCAUCAGAGAGCGGUGAAGGACUUGGAGCAAGAGGGGGAGGAGGAGGGAGGACUCCGGGGAAGCGGGACGCAGAGGAUGGCUUACAAGCUUCACAUAGUUUGAUCCGGAUUUCGGAGGAAAAGAAUUGAUUUCUUUUUUAUCUUGGAGUUUCUGGAUCCUUUCUGUUUGUGAUGGAGUGAUACAAAGAGCGCGCUGUAAGUUCAGAUCCGCCAUGAAAUCAGUGUUUUUCAGUCGCUUCUUCAUCCUCUUGCCCUGGGUCCUUAUUGUCAUCAUAAUGAUCGACAUCGACAGUAAAAGGGCGAUCCGGGCUCCGGCGGCUGGGCGGACCGGCAGGGCGCAGCGGAACCCCCGGGGCGGCUCACCGGGAGCCGGCGGCGCCCAGAACCAGUCAUCGCUGCCCAUCAUCUUCGCCAUCACCCCGACGUACAGCCGCCCGGUGCAGAAAGCCGAGCUGACCCGGCUGGCCCACGUCUUCCGCCAGGUGCCCCGAAUCCACUGGAUCGUCGUGGAGGACUCGACCUCCCGCACCGACCUGGUGACGCGCUUCUUGGCCCGGAGCGGCGUGCCGUACACGCACCUGCACGUGUUCACUCCCCGCAGGUUCAAGCGCGCCGGGAUGCCACGCGCCACCGAGCAGAGGAACGCGGCUCUCGCGUGGCUCCGGCAGCACCGCGGCAAGCGCGACUCCGGCGUGGUUUUCUUCGCGGAUGACGACAACACGUACAGCCUGGAGCUGUUCGAGGAGAUGCGAAGCACUCGAGGUGUUUCGGUUUGGCCUGUGGGAUUUGUGGGUGGCCGAACAUAUGAGCGCCCCCUAGUGUCCGGGGGCAAAGUGGUUGGUUGGUACACUGGCUGGAGGCCGGACAGACCCUUUGCUACUGACAUGGCAGGCUUCUCGGUGAACCUCCAGGUGAUCCUGGCCAACCCGCGGGCGCUCUUCAAGAGGCGGGGCUCCCAGCCGGGGAUGCAGGAGUCGGACUUCCUGAAGCAGAUCACCAAGGUUUCCGAGCUGGAGCCCAAGGCGAACAACUGCACACGGGUUCUGGUUUGGCACACUCGCACAGAGAAACCGCACCUCGCCAACGAGCCCAAACUCAAAAAAGACACCGUGGACAUCGAGGUGUGACGCCUUCACACCUUCAGCUUUGGAGAGAGUGACAGCAACCUGCUUUCUGCCCAGAACGGCCAGAGACGAUCCGCACAGCGGACAAAAACUCUGAGGGUCUGCAUGAUUCAUGACUCUGCCGUCCAUCUGAAUGCUGCUUUUGGGAGAACUGGACUCGUCUAAAAGGAGCUGCGACAUCCUGGACUUUUUGUUUUCGUCCAUCCACAUCCUGCUGAUGUAACAACAAAACGUAUAAAUGUGAAACAUUGUGCUGCUGAACUGAGAAGUGCCAUGUGUGUCACUUUGAUUCAUCGUGUUGUCAAACUAACUGUGGGACGGCGAUAUAAAGAGGUCAGAUGGAUAAUA